AUGGUAGAGGCUGAGAUGUGGGUCUGGCCAAAAUGUGUGGAUUGUGCCAAGGAGGUGGGAAAAGAGAAUGAACUCAGACUACACAAGUUUGGGAGCUACAAGGCCCCCCCAAAAAAGAUCACCAGGAAAGAGGAAGCGGCCAUGUUCAUCCAGGCGUGGUGGCGGGGCACCCUGGUACGCCGUACACUGCUGCACGCAGCACUCAGAGCAUGUAUCAUUCAGCGCUGGUGGAAGCAGAUGCUGGUGAAGCUGCUGGAGAGGAAGAGGCACCUGGCUCUAGAUUUCUAUGUGCGGCAAGAAUGGGCAGUGGUCAAGCUGCAAUCCUGGGUCCGCAUGUGGCGCGUACGCCUUCGUUACUGCCGUUUGCUCCACGCUGCCCGCAUCAUCCAAAUCUAUUGGCGCUGGCAUAAUUGCCGUGCCCGUGGCUUUAUUCAGGGCCACUACCUUUUCAAAGAAAGUCAUCUGAAUCUUCAACUUGAAAUCUCUUUAGGCGCACAGGCUUGUAGAGUGCAACAGUGCAUACCCCUUCCAAUAAAGGAAUGA